AUCGUUGUUGUUGGCAGUUGGUCAAACCAAAGACUAAACUUUUGGAGCUACCAAAAAAUUUCCAGUGGAUAGCGUCAUUGCGCAUUUCGGUACAACUUCAACACCGCUGACAUUCAUACCACCAACUGACACAACACCCGGCGUCGCACUUCGACCUCAACACAAGUCAAGAACCCUCAGGCCCGACUUUAGCUGCACCAACCCCCAUUACGAGAUGUUCGGAUUCCAACCGCCGCAGCUGUCUCAGGAGGAGAUCCGCGAACUCGAAGAUGCUGCCAACUUCACCAUCAAGUCAUUCGCUGGUGCCGCUGUUGCGCUGUACUUCUGUACGUCUUUCGUCAUGUCUCUUGUGUCCUCUCCAAAUGGCGUUGCUGAUCCUGCCCGACAGCCCCCUUCGUGAUCGAUGCCGUCUCGAGCUUCUUCUAAGUGACCAAAUGGUAUCGGCGAUGCCGCAAAGGAAUCAGAUGGAAGCCCAUACAUUGUAUAAUAGGAACGCGUCUUGACACUUCACUGGUACAUCAUCUCUGGUCAGGGUAUAUGGGCAUCAUGGAUAUGGACAGGCGUCAGGUCCGGCCAACGAAAAAGGGGCAAACUCCUUGCAGGCUGUAUAUUACGUGUAUAUUUUGUGCAUAGAAACGGACAUCCAUUCUCACCCA